ACUAACUGAAGUCAACACAAACACACAGAGAUAGAGCGUUGAGACCUUGUUUUAAAAGUUACCCCUCUGUGUUCCAUUUUACAGUACUAGCUAGACAGAUACAACCACUGGAUACAACUAUGAAUUCUCGAAGCUUUCUAGGCGUGACUCUUGGUUUUUUCUUGGUCUUGGUGGUGGAAUCACUGUCACUAAAGCCGCCUCUGCGAGCACCAUUGCGUCCUUCAGCAGGAUCACGGCAGGUAUUGGCAAGACAUUCCAAUCUAUUUCUCGUCCGUGGGGGCGAUACAGAAGAAGAAAUGACAGAAGUACCCAUCACAUCCGGCAACAUUAACAACAGGAUCAUGUCGGUUCUGGAUCCUUCUGCUGUCACAGGGGCUUUGGUAGCAUUGGGGACGUUCUAUUCCAAUUCCCUGGAAUCGGCACCUGUCCUCACUAAGAGUGUAACGGCAGCGGUUCUGUUUGGCAUUUCGGACCAACUCGCACAAGGACUCGAGAUUCAACGGAAUCGAGCCAAAACGGGUGAAACAUCCAGCAAACCACUCGUAGCCAUCACCAACAAGAAACGAUCCGUAUUCUCGGCUCUGGUUGGGUUGCUUUACUUUGGACCCAUGGCGCAUUUGUGGUACGGUUGGAUCUUCAAGACAUUCCCAGGCAAGAGCAUGUUGUCCAUUUUACAAAAGGCUGCAUUGGGCCAAUUCUUCUUUGCGCCACCCCUCUUUUGCGUCUUCUUUGCGGCCGCUCUUUUGCAAAAUGGACAAUUCACGCUCACCAAUUGGAUAUCUAAGAUUCGACAAGAUUUGAUCAAGGGAUGGUUGGGUGGGCUUGGGUUUUGGCCCUUUAUCAACUACAUUAGCUACGGAUAUGUCCCUCCAAAGUACAUUCCUCUCUUUAUCAAUGUCAUGGGCUUGAUAUUCAACAUCUAUGUCAGCCUGAUUGCUAACUUGAAGCAAGACAAGCCAAAGACGAGCUAAAGGCAUUAUCUUGCAUUGGAGGAGCUAUGCAUAGCUUCGGUAGCUGGGGAUACAAACAAUAAAAUACGACCAACUUAUGGUGUAAAGGCACGGUACAUCGUGAUGAUGUAUCUGCUUUGACAGUGUAGAAGAAUUCAUUUCUGAGCGGGUAUCAAUCAAUCAAUCAAUCAAUCCCAUGUUAACAGUAACAAAACGUGUAGUUGGAUUGUG